AUGAGAAAUUACCCGAAACAGUACUUAAAAUAUAGCCAGUAUGUAGAGAGUGAUUAUAUGGUUGUCUACUUUCCCUAGGGCUUGAAGACUCUGAGCAAACCAUCUCUGAAAUGGUUACAAACAUCCUACAAGGAAUUUGACAGGAAGUACAAGAAAAACCUUAAAGCACUCUAUGUUGUCCAUCCAACCAACUUCAUAAAAAUUCUGUGGAAUAUCUUUAAACCUCUUAUAAGCCACAAGUUUGGGGAAAAGAUCACCUGCUUGAACUAUUUAGGCGACCUGGGACAACAUCUCAAAUCUGACCAGUUAAAUAUCUCUCAAGAAGCCAUCUCGUAUGAUGAAAAUCUUUGGAGGAAACAGAAGGGAAAACUUCCACCUGCGGUUAAGGUUCUUCCACCAUGGCCACCUCUGCCUACCCAGAAAUUUGGAGUCAGCCUGUGUGCAGUAGAGGGCCUCCCCAGGAGGUCAGCCAGCAUCCAGAAUAUCAAAGAUGUGCAGAAAUUCUGCAAUCAGGGCAAGUUUGUUAAUUUUGAUGAUUAUUAUGAUAUCCAUAUUCCUGUGAGGAAUCCAGUGAGGUAA